AUGGUCCUCAAGCUCCACGGAUCGCCCUGGUCGACGUGCACGGCCCGCGGCGUCGAUGCCGAGGUAGUCAACGUGGACCUGGCCAAGGGAGAACACCUGGCAGAGUCCUACCUGGAAAUGCAGCCCUUUGGCAAAGUGCCCGUCCUGCAGGACACCGAGACAGGCGUCCAGGUCUUCGAAAGCCGAGCUAUUGCUCAAUACAUCAUCGCCAAAUACCGCGGCCAGGGAGCAGAGCUCGCACCCCCAGAGUCUGAUCUGAAAGCCUAUGCUCUGUACCAGCAGGCCAUGUCCAUCGAACAAUCCUACUUUGAUCCCCCGAUUGCACAGCUCGCCUACGAAAAGGUCUGGAAGUCCAUGAAGGGCGAGGGCGAAACCGAUGACGAGCGCGUCAAGGCCCUCCUGGCGCAGCUGGACCAGACUCUCCAGGGCUACGAGCGGGUGCUUUCCAAGCAGAAGUACCUUGCCGGCGACGAGGUCACGUUCGCGGAUCUGUCGCAUCUGCCGUAUGGGGUGUUUGUGGAGCAGUUUGGGUUCGCAGACUUGAUUGCAAAGUACCCCCGUUCCAAAAGUACUGGGAGGACUUGA